GUAAGGAGGCUGCAUUGAAGUUGUGUAAGGAGCGAAAAACACUGCAUAAAACAAGAAACCGCACACCUCUCCCAGUUAUUGUUUCAACUGGAGAUGAGGAUGUGGUGGGCGUGUCUUCUCGCUCUGGGGCUGUUUGCUGUCUCUCAUGCUCAGCCCAUGUUCUCUGUCACCACGGAUACAGUUCUGCCUCCUGACGCCCUUCACAACCCCACCCAGCGAAAUUAUGGGAUGGCGGUGACAGAUGUAGAUGGAGACGGGGAUCUGGAGGUGGUGGUGGCCGGGUAUAACGGCCCAAACCUGGUUCUGAAGUAUAACCUCACCGAAAACAAACUGCUGAACAUCGCGGUGGACGAUCGCACCUCUCCGUACUUCGCCCUGAGAGACCCGGCGGGAAAUGCCAUCGGAGUGACGGCCUGCGAUGUAGACGGAGACGGCCGAGAGGAGAUCUACUUCCUCAACACCAACAACGCCUUCUCAGGUCGAGCGACGUACGCGGACAAACUGUUCAAGUAUCGUAACGGUCGUUUCGAGGAUCUGCUGAGUGACGACGUCAACGUGCGGAGAGGAGUAGCCAAUCACAUGGCAGGACGCUCCGUGGCUUGUGUUGACAGAAAGGGAACAGGUCGCUACUCGAUUUACGUGGCGAACUACGCCAGUGGGAAUGUGGGACCUCAUGCCCUCAUAGAGAUGGAUGAAGCCAGCAGUGAUGUGGAAAAAGGCAUCAUUGCUCUGUCUGAUGUUGCACCACAAGUCAACGUCAAUAAGUACACAGGUGGCCGUGGUGUAGUCGUCGGUCCAAUCCUCAGCGAUGCAAGAUCUGACAUUUUCUGCGAUAACGAAAACGGGCCCAAUUUUCUGUUCAAGAACAACGGAGACGGAAGCUUCAGAGACGUGGCAUCAGUGGCAGGAGUUGAGGACAGAUUUCAGCACGGGAGAGGAGUAGCGCUGGCCGACUUUAACGGAGACGGAAAGACGGAUAUAGUUUAUGGCAACUGGAACGGCCCACACCGCCUGUACCUGCAGGACAGCCAGCAGAGAUUCAAGGACGUCGCCACAAAGGCCUUCGCCACUCCAUCUCCUAUUCGAACGGUCAUCGCUGCCGACUUUGACAAUGAUCUUCAGCUUGAAGUCUUCUUUAAUAACAUCGCUUACCAAGGACAAGCCCCAAACAGAAUCUUCAGGGUGUCGAGGAGGCUGAACUCUGACCCGGUCAUCACUGAACUGGAUGUGGGUGCAGCUGCUGAGCCUCAGGGGCGGGGCACGGGAGCCACAAUAACAGAUUUUGAUGGAGACGGUCUGCUGGAUCUGCUGGUGGCUCACGGUGAAAGCGCUUCACAGCCCAUCUCUGUGUUUAAGGCCAACCAGGGCUCCAGUAAUAAUUGGCUGCGCGUGGUUCCUCGCACACGUUUUGGGGCGUUUGCCAGAGGAGCUAAAGUUGUGAUGUUCACCAAACACAGCGGUUCACACACCCGCAUCAUUGACGGAGGAUCCGGAUAUCUGUGCGAGAUGGAGCCGGUGGCGCACUUUGGUUUAGGGACUGAUGAGGCCACCAGCAUUGAAGUCUACUGGCCGGAUGGUCGCUCCAUUGCUCGGACACUUGAGGCAGCAGAUAUGAACACAGUCAUUGAGAUCGCAUAUCCUAAUGAGGGGGAGGAGUCAGCGCUCACAUCUGACAUACAGGUAUGGGUGCAUGCAAAUGAGGAGGAGGAGGCAGAGCACACUUUACACAAGCAGUGUGGAGAGGGAUUCACGGUCAACACAAACGGACGCUGUACUGCGACAGCCUGAGUAUUUUCACCUGGACAUAAAGUGUUUCAUCAUCUUAUUAAAUCAGAGCUGCGCUGACAGACGUCACACUGAUACUGAAGCACAUGGCUAACCUCAGAUGCUAAAUCUUCUGUUAGUAGAUUAAAACUGUAUAUUUUGACUCAAUACAUUUCUAAGGAUAAAAUAAUAUUACAACACUCAAUUCUGAAAAUGUUUACACACACUUUUGCUGCUGUUUCUCUUAGUUUAGAAGAACAUUUUGUUGAAAACCGGAAUUGUAUGCAAUAAAA